AGCUACUGGAGGAGGGGCAUGGCGAUUUCGCGAUGGAAUUAACUCCCAAGAGCAGUUCCGAGCACAAUGAGAAUCGUACAAUGUUGUGAGGGAAAUUUGAUUAGAUCCCAGUCUGUAGUCGAAACGAAAGGCAGAAAAUGUAUACAAGCAUAGCCUUUAUCGUUCAUCGUAGCGCUUUUCUCGACACAUGAGAGAAUACGGCCUUGGUCCGGAAGGACCGACUAGUCUUACUGGUCAGAGACGACAAUCUCUUCCAUUCGCUCCGCCUGUUUAUGCGGACCGUUUCCUCGAGUGAAUGGCUGUCAGGGUGUUGUUUAGGCGAGGUUGCUAGUUUCUUUGUGUAAUUUCAGCUAGUUCAGUAGCGGUAUAUCUACAGAACUGUAUGAGAACUGAGGACAUAUUAGACAAUAGCUGAUGUAACAUCCCUGAAACAGAUGCAUACGGAAACGGGAGCCGCUGUGAUCCAUGAUGUGCAUUAGCACCGUGCUGCUCAUCCAUGGCCCUGGGAGCUGACGCAUCGUUCCCAGAGCUGCUCUCGCACAUGGAGCCGGAGAGCUGCCGGACGUGGACGACGCGCAUCCCUGUACCUGCGUGUGCCUCCCGUCCGGGCACAUCCACAGGCCUAGCUCAGGACCGGCCUGCCAAAGCUCCAGAGAGGGACAGAAUCGGUCAGAAGAAGACCGUGACCAUGGCCCCCAGGUCCAGGUAUCUGACAGGGAAGAGUCCGUACGUGGUGAGGAAGCCACUGUUUGCCAGCUGCAGCCACACUUCAAUCCUCAAGAAGCCCCCCCUAGAGGAACCUUCAGAACAGGAAGUUGAGCCAGGGCAGGGUUGCAGUGACCUGGAUGGGCAUCUGGAGUUCAUGUCUUCUUUGCUGGCUGGGGAGACCACAGACCCUUCCACUGCUUCUCCAGCCAAUGCUUCGUCCCUGUCAACUUCUGCAGACGCUCUGAGCAUGCCCCUGUCCACCUUGGAUCUGCGGAGCUGGUCGCCUCAUGAGGACCCCGGCCUGGCUGCGGGAUCUCAAGCCAACAUGCUCAGCCGCCGCCGUCUGCCUGGCCCUCCUCUCGAUGUCCACAGUUUGACGGUGCAGACGAGCCCCAAGUGGAACUCUACCCAGAAGUCCUCCUCCCUGGGGCUGUACUCCUCAUCUUCCUCACACCUCCUCAGGAGGAACAGGCUGGAGCAUAUCCUAGUCAAAUCGGGAGACACUUCUCUGAUUCCCGGGUCAUCACUUGCUGACAAGUCCCACCCACUUUCUCUCCAUAGGAUGUCCCCCUUUCAGGCAGACUACUGGGCAUGCACCAUCCCCAGCUGCUUGCUUCGAUCCCCAGACCGGAAGUCCCCCAACUGGGAUCCGGACAAGGAGUAUGAGACCCUGCUUGACUACACGUACCCUCUGAGACCCAACCAUGCCCCUACACUGGACUCUCCAGACAGAGAGCAUGCCAGCCCUCUGCUGCUGGACUCCGGGAUUGAGCUGGACCGCCUCUGCAGCUCCUCCAAUCUGUCAGGCUCGGCACACUCGGACCAGCCAAUGGGGGAGAGGAGGAGGGGCCUAAACACCUCAGAGCAGCUGAUCUCCGCCCCCAAAGACUCCAAGCGCUAUGGCUGCAGGUUGUUUGGCAGCUGGCACUCAUCUGUGGACCAAAAAGGUCUAUCAGUGGAGAGCCUGUUGGAAACCCAGGGCAAAGAGGCCCAGUGCUGGACACACGGGCAGAAGCAGGGCAUCUUUGCCUCCAGGGACCCUGCCGCGCACUUCAUCCCCACCUGGCGUGUGCUGCCGGCCCGCAGGAUGGCCUGGGGCAGUGAGGAGGAGGAGGAGGAAGAGUACCACGCCCUGCCGGCUCAGCUGCAGGAGCUGCAGGUGCUGUCUCUGCGUCUGCAGGCUCUCUCUCUGCACAUCUGCAAGUCCCGACACGACAGCUCAGAGUCCCUGGAGACGGAGACUUGCUCUGAACAGACAUCCAGAACAUUGGUGGAGAAGUGUGGGGAGGCGGGGCCUUGGGAGGGAGGGCUGGAGCCUCUCUCUGGGAGCCCCUGCAGCCAGGGCUCAGUGGAGGGGGAGGCUCUGGAGGCCAGUCUUCAGGGUGGCCUGAGGGAGCUGGCAUCCUGCAUGGGGCGUCUGAGUGGGCUUGCCCCGGGCGGGGUCUCCCUGUCUGACCUGCAGGGCAGAAUGGAACCGGACCAGGAAGGCUCAGAGGCCAAGCAGUCACUCAUGCAGCAGAUUCAGGACUUCUGCUGUAGCCUGGAGCAGCUCAUCAUCUGGCUGUACACAGUGGUGGAGAGGAUGGAGCGUCUGACUCCGCCCACGGUUGAGAUUGAGAGCGUCAAGUCUUCUCUGGCGGAUUACCAGAGCUUCCAGAGAGAGCUGAGCAGCCAGCAGCCCCUGACCUCUACUGUCCUGCACAGGGGAGGACUACUGCUGCGCUGCCUGGACACCACCUCCCCAGUGCUGAAGGAGACGCUGAGGCAGAUCGAGAAGCAGUCCAGGGCCCUGGAGGCCCACGCAGACCACCUCUUCUCCUCCAUCCUGUCGGCCAUGGACAGCCUCACAGACCCCAGCAGCUCCGACACAGAGGUGCCACCUCUGUCCACACAGGUAUACAGCUGCAGGUUAUUGGCCUGCCCACACAGCUCCAGGACCUGAAGGAGAGCUGCUGGCUCACAGAGCAGGACUGAGCAGCAGCAGAGACAUGUCCCUAACGUCAGACGCAUCCCUAACGUCAGAGAGACGCCCUUAAUAUCAGAGAGACGCGUUCCCUAACGUCAGAGAGAGGUGUUCCCUAACGUCAGAGAGAGGCGUUCCCUAACGUCAGAGAGACGCGUUCCCUAACGUCAGAGAGACGCGUUCCCUAACGUCAGAGAGACGCGUUCCCUAACGUCAGAGAGACGCGUUCCCUAACGUCAGAGAGACGCGUUCCCUAACGUCAGAGAUAGGCGUUCCCUAACGUCAGAGACGCGUUCCCUAACAUCAGUGAGAGGCGUUCCCUAACGUUAGAGAGACGCAUUCCCUAAAGUCAGAGAGUUGUUACUGUCCAUACUGAAGUACGCUCAAAUUUUCUACAUGUAAUUCUUUUUGUUUGUUCAAAGAACACUUGAACAUAAACCCUGCAUAGGAUGGUAACUUUUCCCCUGAUCAGUGCACACUAGGUGUCUGCAUUCUGAACAGAUUUGCCUAUAUUUAAUCACCAGGAUUGAUUUUUCUGUUUAGAGCUCAACAGAACAAUGCAGUCUUCAUUAUCAGAUGGUCUGCACUGGUACCCUUGAUAAAAAGUAAGAAAAAAGGCUGCAGAUAAUAAACAGCUCAAAUAAUAGACUAUAUGUUAUGUUCAAACACACAGGAAAACUAUAUACCUUUAUUUCAAUAAAUUUUUCUGAAAACCAUAGGUCUCAAAAUUAUUGGUACCCCUUACAAUUAUUGUAAAAAAGAAAGAAAAAGAAAAUUGGCAAUGAGAUUUUACUUAAUUUAGUUAAUCACAGACUAAAAAUUCAAUAUUGUAUUAUUCCUAUUUCACUAGAGUAUAAAAUUGAGAUAACAAGCAUGCAAAAUCCAUCAUCCGUCAUCCAUCAGCAUGGGAAAAGCCAAAGAUCUGAUGAUUCAAAAGAGACAGAUGGUAAUUGACCGUCACAAGUCUGGUUAGGGGUGCCAAAAAACCCAUCAUGGUUAAACCUACCACUUGACACUGUAAGGGCAAUAAACACAUGGAAUGGUAGCAAAUGAUCUACCAUUUGUGCUAUGGUGAGAUGAGAGCGAAAUCGGAACAAAAGAAGAAUGCAUACAAGGAGAAGCACCUCAUACCUACUGUCAAAUAUGGAAGUGGGUCAUUGAUGUUUUGUUGCCAGUGGUCCCCGGUCACAAUUUAAGAUCAAUGGUAUAAUAAAUUCAACAGUAUUAGUACCAGUACCAGGACAUUUUGGCAGAAAAUCUGGUUGCCUCUGCUAGGAAGCUGAGACUUGGCUUCAGGUGGAUUUUCUUGCAGGACCACCAAAUCUGCACAGAAAUAUUUAAGUGAAAACAAUAUGCAAUGGCCAUCUCAGUUCCUAGACUUAAAAUUCCAUCAAAAACCUGUGGUCUGAACUGAAGAGAUUGGUCCAUAAAAGCAAACUCAAUGAUAUCAAUGAUUCCGAAAAGUUCUGCAUGGAGGAAUGGUCCAAAAUCCAUGCAAAUGUGUUCUCUAAUCUUAUCACAAAGUAUAGAAAAAAUCUCACAGCUGUCAUCCUUGCCAGGACUGUUUGCACAAAGUAUUAAACCAGGGGUGCCAAUAAUUGUGAAACCUGAUCUUUGGGUAAAUACUUUUUAUUUAUUUUAGUUUUUUAUGCAAGACUUUAGUUGAUUCCACUGAAUCGUUAUUAAAGCACUACGUUGGAAAAAUAAAGUUUGUAUUUCAGUUCAUAUUUAUCAAGGGUGCCAGGAAUUGUAGACCUGAUUGUAGCUUUGUAGAGAAUGUAACCACAGCCACUCAUUCAUAAAAUGCUUUUAAUAUGUAACACCUUCUGCCUUCUUGGAAACACUGAACAUAGAGUAACAUUUCUGUUGCUGUUCACGUGAGAUUUUACAACUGAUCAACAUUAAUCUCAACCAUCUCUUUACAAUAUAGAGCAUGUUAACGGUGCUGACUGGAGGUUUUUUCUGCAGUGACUUGAAGAAUGCACCAUAACCUCUAAACUAUGACCAAAAAAUUAUCAUCACAUCGUGGUCCUCAAGGGCCAACUUUUUUUUACCUGGGAGAAAAGCAAACCAGGGGCUCAUUCCAAUGGCUUAUUUUCCCCUCUGCCUUUCCUAGCUCCUUUCCUUGCUCCUAGCUCCACCCACUGGGGAUACAAGGAAAGGAAGCCAGAAAAGGAAGUGAAGACAGGGAAAUCAAGAAAACAUGAAAUGGAAAGUCCUUGUGUUUUUGUACAUUAGUUUGAAACGUCAGUUACAAACGUGGCAUUGGAGAUGGGGAGAGGUGGAUCCACAGGUCGGUUUGUACGUCAGGCUUUCCAAAAAAUAUUUUUGAAAAGGAUGUGCAAAGUCUCUCACAAUGUCUCCUUGUUCAAGAAAUCUUGGGAAGCCUCCUGGCUUUUUGAAUGAACAUUCUGUAACAUCAUAACAUAAUAACAGAUUGGAAUUUCCAAGAUGGUGGACCUCUAUCCAUUUCCAAGUCAGGCAAGGAAUAUGGAGACAUGAUGAUGAAGUUAGGGAUUGGACUGAGCCUCUGGGCUGGAUUCACAUUUGUGGACCAGAGUUGAUGAUCCCUGCUCUACUUAUUCAGCUAUGUCUCUUAUUGGCAAGUUUGGAAAACAGUCUGUGACAUUUACCAUCUAAAACUCACUCCAGGAUGUCUGUUAUUUAACUGCCAAGUUCCCCUAUAUCAUUGAAUAGUGUUGGGGUAGCCAGGCUGGCUGGUAGACAUUCAUGUCCUCCAAUGUGAGCCAGAAUGCAAGAUAUUUAUUGCAGGCAUUAUUAGGACAUGAAUCAGUUGAUUUGUCCUUGGUGCACAAGGUUGAAUGAAAGCAAGGAAAUGUAUUAAAACAAACCCUUGGAUGGCCUUCAUAUAAACCAAACUCCUCGAAUCCUCAAGUAGCAACUUUCCUGUGCCCUUUUUGUCACGACAAAGAUGAAACUCUUAUGUUUGUGUUUUGUACAAUUAAAUUCACCAGCAUAACCUUCCACAAUAAAACUUCUAAAACCUUUUGAAUAA